AUGGAGAGAAUGACGAACGAACAUCUCGCAUACCUGACACAGAAAUAUGGCUACCAUUUCGUUUUCAGGGUCAGUCCCCAAAUGUACUACAUGAUACGCACUGUCGCCGAGGAAAUUGACUUUUGGGGACACAACCCCCGUGGAACCGAGGAGCGUAUCCGGACCCAGAGUAUUUGCUAUGAGGCAUUCGAGCACCAGCUUCGUCUGCAUGAUGUGGAAAAAAGGAUCUUGGUAAAUAUCACAAAUUGUUCUGCACGAGAUGCAAUGGUGUUCUGUACAUGUUUUCCGCCUCCCGUUUUUUUUUUUUUCUUUUUUUCAUCAAAGCUAACUAGUUUCUAG